CUUUAAACAACCUUCCAACUUCCCCGCCGGAGUUUCCCUCUCUCAGUCGAGUUUUGGAGUUCUCGAUACUUCACCUGCUUCCCCGGAAUCUGUUCGACGCGCUCAGAUGUGUGAGAGAUGGAGAAGAAGAAAAUCCAACAUGAUGGUAACAAUAGAGUUUGAAGAGGAGAAUUAAAAUGCUUCGUUUGGUUGCAGGUGCAUGUGAAUUUGCAGCAAAUAAUUCAGAAAAAGAGGAACCGUUUUGUCAGAUACAGCAACAGAGCUGGUAGGUUUUUUGGUCUCAGUAAGAAUCCAUCUGCUAGUGCAGCAGUGAUUUCUGCAACGUCCUCUGCAUAUGUGGGCAUUGGGGCUGCUCUGGAGGUGCAAGAAAUACGGGAGAGAUCCAACAAGUGGCAAUGGAACCAGUACUCCAUAAACUAUUUCGUUUCACAUUAUCAACCUUCUCAACAGGAACAUCAAUCAAGUGUAGAUCCUCCUGUCGUCCUUUUAGUUCAUGGAUUUGGAGCUUCUAUUCCUCAUUGGCGCAGCCGGUGUUGGGUACUUUUGGUCCUCCAUCUAUGGUGGUUGCGUUCCCUUCUUUGAUCGUAGAGGUGCAAUUGGAGUGUCCAACCACUGAGGGUCUAUAUCAUUCAUUUAUCAAGAUAAAUUCUGUUGGGAUGGCGAACCAGUGGAUUGUCAUUGGAUCGCUUUAUUCACAGAGAAGUCCAGUGAUCUUCUGGCUCAUACAUCAAACAGUCAGCAUGCCUUUAUUCAGAGAUUUGUUGUUCUUGACAUGCAUGUCCCCAGGUCCUGAUGUUUUAUUUGGAGAUUUCUUCAGGAAUAUUAGCGCAUUGUCUCAAUACUCAACUGUCUAUGCCAUCGACCUUCUUGGCUUUGGUGCAUCUGAUAAGCCUGCAGGCUUUGCAUAUACCAUGGAAACAUGGGCUGAUUUGAUAUUGGAUUUUGUGAAAGACAUCAUUAAGAGGCCAACUGUGCUAGUGGGUAACUCAGUGGGAAGCCUUGCUUGUGUGAUUGCUGCUUCAGAUUCUAGUCGCAAUCUAGUUCGAGGACUUGUGCUCUUAAACUGUGCUGGUGGCAUGAACAAUAAAGCAAUUGUUGACGAUUGGAGGAUCAAACUGUUAUUACCUUUGCUUUGGCUGGUCGAUUUCUUAUUGAACCAAAGGAGAAUUGCUUCAGCUCUGUUUGAGCGUGUGAAGAAGAGAGAUAGCUUGAGGGACAUUUUGUCGUCCGUAUAUGGAAACAAGGAAAAUGUGGAUGAAGAUCUGAUAGAUAUAAUAUUCGAACCAGCCAAUGACGAAGGGGCACUUGAUGCAUUUGUUUCGAUCGUAACGGGGCCACCAGGGCCCAGCCCGGUGCAACUAAUGCCAAAAAUUUCCGUGCCUGUUUUGAUUUUAUGGGGAGAUGAAGAUCCAUUCACGCCACUUGAUGGUCCUGUUGGGAAGUACUUCUCCAAGUUAUCUGUGGAAUCUCCAAAUGUCAGUCUUUGUGUGUUGAAAGGGGUAGGACAUUGCCCUCAUGAUGACAGGCCUGAAUUAGUGCAUGAAAAGCUCCUUCCAUGGCUGGCUCAGCUUCAUGCUUUAUAACAAGUUUUUCCGCGUACACAAGUUGGUUUAUCAUUCAAAAUGUCAGUCGUAGUUUGAUAUCAUUUAAUUGUUGUCAAGGGAAAAAUUCGCAAUUCUUAGGUCAAACAAUUGCCAAUGAUUAUGUCUUUUGUACCACAUAUUCUCACUAAAUAGAUGAUUGCCUGUAAUAUAGUACCUUUGGCUUUGCAUGUUUGUAUAUGGGCAAAUGUAGUAUGGUUCCUUCGGCUU